CUUCUACAGGGUCGCAGGCGAGCUGGAGCCUAUCCCAGCUGACUACGGGCGAGAGGCGGGGUUCAGCCUGGACAAGUCGCCAGGACCAUGAAGAAGUACGGCGUUCUGUGCCUGGUGCUCAUCUGUAUGGUGGUUCUGAUUAUUUGCCUCAUUCGGCAUUUCGGGCUCAAACGUAAAGAUCAGUGCUACUCCAAAGCCGCUGUAGCAGCCGACGCUGGGAAAUGUUCUGAGAUCGGCAGGGACAUGUUACAGCGUGGUGGCUCCGCAGUGGACACGGCCAUCGCAACGCUGCUGUGUGUCGGACUGUUUAACGCUCACAGCAUGGGCAUGGGAGGAGGACAUUACUUCAUCAUCUAUAACGGCAUUACAGGAAAGGUGGAGACGAUCAAUGCGAGGGAAACGGCGCCCCUAAACGCCACACGUGACAUGUUCGGCAAUAACACACAGCUCGCACAACAAGGAGGCCUGUCCAUUGCAGUCCCUGGAGAGCUUCGUGGCUAUGAACUGGCACAUCGGCGUCAUGGCCGCCUGCCGUGGAAGGAGCUGUUUGAGCCGAGCAUCCAGCUAGCACGCGAUGGCAUCCGAGUCAGCAGUGCUCUCGCCAAAGCCAUGCAGAAAACCCAGGAGACCAUUCAGGCUGAUCCUGUGUUGUGUGAAGUAUUUUGUGAUGCCAACAAAAUCAUCCUGAAGGAAAAUGACACUAUCAGAUUUCCACGGCUAGCAGACACCUACGAAAAGAUCGCUGAGGAAGGAGCGGAUGCUUUUUAUAAUGGCUCCAUGGCUAAAACGAUAGUCAAUGACAUCAAGGCUGCAGGUGGCAUUAUUACACUUGAGGACCUGUCAGGGUAUACACCAGAGCUGAAUGAAAGUCCACUGAAGAUAAAUGUUGGAGAGUACACGAUGCACUUCCCAGAUGCUCCAUCUAGUGGCCCUGUGCUAGCGCUAAUCCUCAACAUUGUGGAUGGUUAUAAUUUCUCAUCCAGCAGUAUAUCUACUAUAGAGGAGAAGACUCUCACUUAUCACCGCAUCAUUGAGGCUUUCCGGUUUGCCUUCGCUAAGAGGAGCAUGCUGGGAGAUCCUCGUUACGUCAACGUGACUGAUCUCAUCCACAACAUGACCUCAGACUAUUUUGCUGAUAGCAUUCGCAGUAAGAUCUCAGAUGACACCACACAUCCAGAGCGUUACUAUGAGCCAGAAUACUUCAAACCUGAGAAUCAUGGGACGGCUCAUCUGUCCAUCAUUGCUGAGGAUGGGAGCGGCGUGGCUGUGACCAGCACCAUCAACCAGUAUUUUGGUUCUAAAGUGAUGUCACGUUCCACUGGAAUCAUCUUUAAUGAUAUUAUGGAUGACUUCAGUUCUCCGUACAUCACAAACGCUUUCGGUGUUCCUCCUUCUCCUAAUAACUUCAUCCAACCAGGUAAAAGGCCGCUCACGUCAAUGUGCCCCACCAUCAUCUGUGACAAACACAACAAAAUUAAAAUGGUUGUUGGAGCUUCAGGUGGGACGAAGAUCACGACAGCAGUAGCUCUGGUGAUCCUGAACAAUCUGUUUUUUAAUUACGAUUUGAAGAGAGCUGUAAUGGAACCCAGAGUCCACAACCAGCUCAACCCCAACUACACCGAGGUGGAAGAGGACUUCCAGAAGAGUGUGAAAGAUGGACUAGCACAGAAGAACCAUGUGACCCAGUUGCAGGAUUCCUAUGCAGUGGUUCAGGCUGUGGUGAGGCAGGAUGAUCGGGUCUGUGCUGCAUCGGACCAGAGAAAAGGAGGACAUCCUGCUGGCUACUGAAAUAAACUUUAACAAUCACCUUCUUGUUGUUCUUCUUUUGGCUGUUCCCAUUAGGGGUUGCCACAUUGGAUAAUGUCCCUCAAAUUCCUCCUGUCCUCCGUAUCUUCUGUCACACCAACCGUCCUCAUGUCUUCCUUUACCACAUCCAUAAAUCUCAUCUUUGCUCUUCCUCUUUUCCUUCUACAUGCAGCUCCAUCUCCAGCAUUCUUUUCCCAAUAUACCCGGAAUCUCUUCUCUGUACGUGUCCAAACAAUCUCAGUCUCACCUCUCUGACUUUGCCUCCAAGCCAUCCUAUAUAUGCUGUCCCUCUAAUACACUUGUUUCUAAUCCUCUCCAACUUUGUCACUCCCAAUGAAAAUCUCCACAUCUUCAACUCCUACUACCUCCAGUUCAGCCUCCUGUCAUUUUCAGUGCCACUUUCUCCAAACCAUACAACACUGCUGCUCUUACUACUGUCUUGUACAUUUUCCCUUUCACUCUUGCUGGCAACCUUCUGUCACAAAUCACUCCUAACACUCUGCUCCAUCCACUCCAACCUGCUUGCACUCUCUUCUUCACUUCUCUUCUGCACUCACCAUUAUUUUGUCCAGUUGGCCCAAGAUAUUUGAACUCCUCUGCUCUGACCACCUCUAUUCCUUGUAGCUGUACCAUUCCACUAUCCUCACUCUCAUUCACACACGUACUCCAUCUUGCUCUGACUGACUUUCAUUCCCUUUCUUUCUAGUGCAUACCUCCAGGUCUCUACAUUUUCUUCCACGUGCCCCCUGUUCUCACUACAGAUCACAAUAUCCUCUGCAAACAUUGUCCAUGGGGCCUCGUGCCUGAUGUCGUCUGUCAACCUGUCCGUUACCAUUGCAAACAAGAAAGGGUUUAGGGCCAAGCCCUGGUGCAAUCCAACAUCCACCUUAAAUGCCUUCAUCAUUCCCACUGCACAUCUCACUGCUGUCACACUGUCAUACAUAUCCUGCACCAAUCUCACAUACUUCUCUGCCAAUCCUAAUUUCCUUAUGCAGUACCACAAUUCCUCUCUUGGCACCCGGUCAUAUGCCUUCUCUAAAUCCACAAACACAAAAUGCAGCUGCUUCUGGCCUUCUCUAUACUUCUUCAACAUUCUCAAAGCAAAUAUUGCAUACAGUG